AUGUACGACGGACGGACAUUGAGCUCUUUUGGCCUGGAGGCAAAUCGCGCUCUUCUCCGCUCCCUCACGUGCCCCUCCCUUUCGUUUUGUUCUCUACCCCAGUUGAAAACCCAACCCAAAACGCCAAUACCUCAUAUAUCCCCUUUUUCGGCUGCCAUCCUCUCGCACAUUUCCACGACUUGCCGAGUCCUUUCCUGCCUACUCAGGCACACCCAUGAUACAUUUAAAGGAUUCUGUCUCCCAAUCCACUCCACACCCCUAGGAUUCGGCCGUAAACCUGAGCCGAACAUGGGAUGUGCCGGUAGGAUGCGGGCCUCGCAGGAGGAGCAAUCAGCAUAA